GAUCGUAUGAGAUUUCUAUUUCUAUUUAUCUGCGACAGCAUAUGGCACUAGUGAACCGAACUUGUCGCGAUUAACAACGCUUUAGGCUAGUAAGUGUUUCUAAACCGUGCAACAGCCUAUCCGGCUGGGCUAGUCCUGCAGAGCCUUGGACCUUGGUCUAGCAGUUGUUAAUGAAACAGCUCCAGGACUAACCGAAAAGAUAAAAUGAUAAGCGCCGUGGGAACAUCAAUGAGACUAUGAAACUGUUAGCCUAAGUCUGCAGUCACAUCGUUUCAAACCAAUUUCAAAAUAUGUCUGCGGUAGCGACAUUAUCAGCCAACGCCGGUUCAACAUCAGGCUCACGAUCACGUCCUCAGGCUCGCAAGAAACCAAAUGACGAUGCAGCCUACUUUGGAGUUGCAGGGACUAAGAGACAGGCGGCCGACAGGGCAGAGGGAGAGCCACGCGUCAAAAGAAAGAGAGUAGAACACGGCGCGACAGUCAGCAGAAGGGCAGAUAAGUCUGCGGAUAAUGACUUAAAGAGCGCAAUUGACUUCAGAAACAUGCCAACUGCAGGACUUUAUCGUUACCUCUCUCAUUUCAAUCUCAUUCCACCCGUGUACCCAUCACCCUUGACCGCAGCAGAUCCACCAUCUCCCGAUUCUCUCCUUGACCCUGUACGACAGAAUCCGCGAGGCCUUAGUCCAUUCACGAUCUCUACUUCUGGGAACAGGCCAAGGAGAGAUACAAAAGAUCCAAGCCGCCGACGAAGCUCUCGCUUGCUCGAGGAAAACGAGAGCCGCACGCCCAUCUUGGCGGACAUCGCUGAGAUCCAAGCAAUCUUUGCUGCCAUUGCAGAGAGACAUUUCCAGGACCAUGCGGUCAGUGAAAUAGACACGCUCGCAUCAUUCAUGGUAAAAACGUCUACUAAAUAUGAGUAACGCGUCUGCUGUGUAAUGAUUUAUUUUUACUGUGUUUAAUGUUAAUAUACCCGGGACCCCUCAGCAUAAAUGCCUCG